AAAAACAUUGGGGAUAUUACAAUAACUUAUAAUUACGAUAAGGUUGGAUUUCUUUGCUGAAAAAUGUUCCACUUUGUCCAUCUUUUUGUGUAUAACCCAGUUUUCAGUCUCAACAGAGAGGUCAAAUACUCCAUCUGCCUUAUUUCUUCAAUAAUGUCCGUCCAACUUCGUACAUCAGGUCCAUCAGUUUUCAUCCAGUUCCUUGUAAUAGCUUUUUUAGCAGCAAGCAUCAAGAUUUUAAAUAAAUAUUGAUCACCAUGUUGCACCUGUGAGGGCAAGAGUCCCAGCAAACAUAUCUGUGGGUCCUUAAGAAUAUUACAUUCAAAUAUCUCCUCAAGAAUAUUUAUAACAUUGUCCCAGAACAUUUGUAUUUUAAUACAGGUCCAAAAUAUAUGUGAAUGAGAAGCAUUCAUGUGCCCACAUUUUCUCCAGCAUUGUUGUGGUUUUCCCAGUUGUUUGCCUCUCAUAUGCGGUGUGAUGAAAAAUCUUAUCAAGGUCUUCCAGCCAAAUUCCCUCCAUUUUCUCGAAGCUGUAGUACUGUGUUGUGUAUUGCACAUUAAACCCCAUUCUUUUUUAGAUAUUGUGAUUUCCAACUCCUGUUCCCAUUUUGUUUUAACAUACAGUGUGUUUGUACCGUUGUUUUUCUGUAAGCCCCCAUACACUUUAGAGACUAUUUUUGUAGGUACUUCUUUAUAAGCCUCUACAAACACCUGAACAAUUUCGAAUAUUCACAUAUUUGGUUUAUAGUGAGCAUGUUCUAGUUGAUGAGUUUGAAAUCCAUGAAGAAAAAACAGGUAUGUAACAUCUGUGUUUUAUGUAACUCUCUAACAUCUGCAUGUCUCGCCCUGCUAACAUACAUCUUAGUCAACAGUAUGUCUUUACUCUGCCAAACCUUGUUGAUCUUGGGAACAUUGUUGACACUUUCAUGCACAGAGCAGGAGCCAUCAGCAACAUAAGGUGUUGUGGGAAAAUGGAGGGAUUUGAAGAUAGUGACAUAAUGUCAUCGCAUGUCGAAAGGCGACGGUCUGAACCUCAGUUGUCAGUGAGGGAUACCUGGAAGAGUCCCGCCCAAGGAUCUCAGGCUCCGAUGUUACUCAUGGUCCAAUGUGAAAUCACCUUUUGCCCAUCUAUCUCAUUGUUUAGGCAGGGAUGAGGACUGAGUCUCCUCCCAGUCUUGAGGUGGAGUCCAGUCCUUAUCAGCAGUGAGUGACUCUGCAGCUCCAACCACUGCAGCCUCUCAGUGCAGGUGUUACAUGGCAGCAGUGCUUACAAAGUGUUAGAGGAAUCACUACUGGUGGGUUUUGGCGAGACUGCAGGAGAAUUCCAGGAUGAGGUGGCUGGUCAGGGCGACGGCUCUGCUCCUUGUGCUUUCAUGCUGUUGUUGUGAUUUGCAAAUCGAUCGUGUUUUACCUCGGCGAGGGAGUCAAAAUGGAGGAACAAAAGUCACCAUUUUUGGAGAAGGUUUUUCACAGGAGGGUAAUUUCCAGACCGACCCUAACGCGCCACCUGGUAUCACUGUGACCAUGAUGACAAAUGAAAACACCUACCCGUGCCCGGUGGAGAAGGACUCCACCCACGAUCGGCAGAUCCACUGUGAAACCAAAGCGAUGAAGAGCGGCAGGUACUGGGUCAACGUCACAGUGAACGGUGUCCAUGUCCCUCAGAACAGGCACUGUCGCGGCGGGUACAAAAAUUACCACUGCAGCUUCUACGUGGUUUGGUACAGCACACCCACCAUAAACAAACUGAACGUCACCAGCGGCCUCCCAAAGAGCACGGUGCAGGUACGAGGACGUAUUUACACUGACGUCUACGGGAGCAACGCAGCCCUAAGCUCCAACGGGCUCAAUGUCAGGUUUCUGAGAGCCUACAUGGGAGGAAUGCCCUGUGAUUUUCUGCGACCAAACUCUGACGACCUGUACGGGUUGUGGCUGGACUCGGAAAGGUCACAUCAUGGAUACGUGACAUGUUUGAUAACAGGGACUUAUGUUGGAGCCCAAAAUCUGAGCUACAUCCUGGACAGUUUAUAUGGAAGGAGUUUACCGGAUAAGGCGAGUUUCAAAAUCUUUGCCAACGACAAGUUAGCAAUGUUUCAGACAUAUGCUGAGAUUUUAGGAGUGACCCCAUCCGAGGGGAGUUUGAUGGGCGGCACCCCGAUCACCAUUCACGGCCGCUACUUCGAUGAAACUGAUUUCCCGGCACGUGUCCUAGUCGGAGGUCUGCCGUGUACCAUCCAGAGCCUCACCGACAGCCAAAUUGUCUGCUUGACGGCGGAGAAUCAGAAUCCAGAAACUGGUGUCUUCCCAGGCAGCAGAGGCUUGAGGGUGGAGAUGUGGAACGAAACCCGCUGGAAACAACUGCAUGACCUCUGGAGCUUCAAUGAGAACACCACUGGAUACCGCCAGUUCUGGAUUGAGUCAAUGCCCCACACGUUUGAAACAGCCGAAGAUUUCUUUAGCACUCGGACUCAAGGCUUCUUUGUUCCACCGAAAACUGACGACUAUACAUUUUACCUCCACUGUGACGACCGAUGUGAGCUCUACAUGAGCAACUCUACGAAACCUGAGUUUAAGGAAAAAAUUGCCUUUCAGACAAGGUACGUCGGUAGCCCUCUGUCGACGAGGUACCAGAGGUCACGAGUCAUUUCUCUGACAGCAGGUGAACCUAUUUACAUGGAGUACCUGCAACAAGAGUACGGGGGGUUGGCUCACAUCAACUUGGGAGUAUUUGCAACAAAAAGCUCUUUCACAGAAGCGCAGUCGGACGAUGCUGAAAAUGAAAUUCAGCAGAUUGUCGGCAAGUACGAUGUAUCGGACGUCAAACAGCAAAUCCUGUUUGACUCCUGGACCAGUGCCACCGCGGUCAAGGAGCAGCAGCAGAUCAGAGUCACCAGCAGUUGCACUGCCCCAUUUUGUGACAGCACCUUUUUCGUGCUGGGCUACGGGACAGCACGCACUGCCCCAAUCGCCGUAAGUGCGUCAGCAACCGACAUGGAGGAUGCGUUGAACGAUCUUUGGACCAUCAAGCCUGACACAGUACAGGUCACCAGACAGGCUCGGAGCCAGGGAGCUGACUUCACAGUCACAUUCAACUCAGCUAGAGGUGACUUCGAUCUGCUCAGCUCUUCGGUCUUCAGCUCUGACCCCGUCAUCGCUGUCAGUGAAGUCACCAAGGGACAGAGCGACAUGACCUCCUUCACAGUGGUGUGGGAUGGCGUUCCCUCCCAGCCCAUUGCCUAUAACGCAGAGGCCUCAGAGGUCAAAGAAGCGUUGAUGGGCAUGAUGGCGGGUGAAUGUCCAGGAGAAAUCCUGUCGACCGAAGGUUCUACCGUGAAAUUCUUCAAAGAUUACGAAGGAGACAACUCUCAGUUCAACAGUCCAGAGAAAGGAACGGCAGCUAAGAACUGUGGCUUCUGUGGUCGUUGGUCGCUUAAAAACGCUGAGAUGCUCUUCAUGGAAAGUUAUUUCACAGAUUCUAAAACGGCCUACGGGUCCAUUUCCAUCGACCAAUCUUCCAUGCUUUGCUUCGCGUACAAGGGAAGUCUGAAGAAUGAAAUUGGAAUGAAGUUUUCGUACAAAGACCCGCAAGGCGACGUUGUGGACAAGACUGAGCGGUUUAGCAUCGUCUUCAACAGCGGAUCAAAGUGGAACUACAAGUGCACAGACCUGUCAGGUUUCCUUCAGGGUGCAUUCGUCGGAUCAGAACAUGCUGUCAAAGAAAUUCAUCUUUACAAAGAUUCGUCAGGCGCAGAUUUCUACGUGGACGCUGUUCACAUUGGAAACAGGCCGACGACGUACCAUGCUAACGGCAUUGUUGACAAGAGGAGACGGCCCCCAUUUGAAGACAUGGGCAUUUCCUUUGACACACUUGAGGUCACUAAACAAACUCCAGAGGCCUCUCAAGUCCUUUAUGAGGUUGAUGCCAUAGCUUUGGACUGUGGCUAUGGCUUCCCAAUGAUGCAAAUAGGAUUCAUGCCGGAGACGGAGCGAACUGAGGACAUGGCCUUAUUCAGCGCCGGCGAUGCUUCUGUCAAUAUAACCUAUGUAAACACAGCCAGCCCUCCUCUAAAGGGCACUUUUGACAUUGAGUAUGGCUCUGGACAAGCUAAAGGUGUGCCAGUAGAUAUCAGUGCAGAGGACUUGAAGUACACACUUGAGGGGAUCCAAGAAAUGGGCGAUGUGACCGUUGCAUGGAAAGGAACCUGCAGAGAACCCCUGUGGCAGAUUUAUUGGGUCACAAAUCCUGGAAAGCAGCCGCUGUUGCAGAUCGACAGCUCAAAAGUCACCGGCUCGAAUGCAGAAGUGUUUGCCAAAGUGAAACGACAAGGGGGAAUGUUUCAGCGAGCAUUGCCGGGAGAUUACUUUCGCACCAUGGAGGACAAACCACAGGUGGAAGUGCUCAUCAACAAGAUUCCUUCGAAAUGCACCGGUUAUUGCGGCUACAUGUGGUCGGAAGAGAAGACCCCACACGUGACUGGAAUCACUCCCUCCCAAGGUUCUAAUGGACUCGGAACCCUCCUCACCGUGACUGGUACGGGCUUCAGCAACGAGUCCGCCAUCAUCAUGGUGGGCGAGUCAGAGUGCGUAGUGGAAGAUGUCCAAGAUGGCGUGCAGAUCUGCAGGCUGGGACGCUCCAGUGCUGGCACACACAAAGUAUCCGUCAACUUCCCCUCACUGGGCAACACUCGCUACACCGGCGACGAAAGCUUCACCUACCAGCUCAUCGUUUCCUCAAUCUCCCCAACGUCUGGUAGUUUGGCAGGAGGAACCCUGCUGACGGUGGAGGGCUUUGGCUUCAGUGAGAACUCCACGGUGACCAUCGGCACAGAGGAGUGCGUCAUGGUCGACUCGAACGACUUCACACUGAAAUGCAGAACACCAGCGGGAAACGCAGGGACAGAAACAGUGAGAGUCACUGAAGGAACCAUGACUGAGGUCGCGAGCAGCUCCUUCACCUAUGACACUGCAAAAACCUCCCACAUCACCUCCAUGAGCCCUCCGACUGCUACGCUCGUCGGAGAACAUGUUCUCAUCAUCGUGGGCUCCAACUUGGGAGCACACGAGAGCGGCAGCACUGUCCUCGUGGGCAUGAAGGAAUGCGCUGUUUCGCAAUGGACGUCGACUAACAUCAUGUGUGUCCUUCCUCUGCUGCCGCCGGGGGAACACCAGGUUGAUGUGCAGGUUGGAAACAAUGGCUUCGCCAUGAUCAGCGAUGAAGUCAACACGACCAUCACAUACAUCUUUGAGGUCACCAGCGUAUACCCGCGAGUCGGGUCUCUGUACGGCGGAACCACCCUGACCAUCACUGGAUCUGGCUUCAGUGAAAGCAUCGCAGAUAACAAAGUCACCAUCGGUGGAGUAGAGUGUGAGGUGACGGCUGCCUCUGAGGAAGAACUGCAGUGUGUGACAAAACCUGGCUGGAAACGCACGGUUGUCACCAACCAGGGCUCCCACCGAGAGUACGGACCUGGAUACGCCUGGCAGCCGUCCAGUGUCCUACUGUCCGUCGGUGACAUAGUGGAGUGGCAGUGGAAGGCAGUAGGACUGAUGAGCUCUCUGUACAGAGUCUUCACUGUUGCACAACCCAGCAGCACGGUGUAUGAUAAUGGAGCCUUCAGCAGCGGAGACAUCGGCACUUUACAAGGGAAAUACAGAUACCAGUUCACCGUUCCAAAAACCUACUACAUCAGCUCAGGAUACGUUGAUAAAGAUGAGAAGCGUAAACUCCAGGGAGUUUACGUUGUCAAACCCUCUGAGGAUAAACACCUUCCUGUCAGUGUCAGUCUGCGAGGGAUGACAGCCGAACACCGACCUGGAGACUCAAGUGGUGUCCCGGCCAAUGGGUGCAUUGUCUCCUCCGGGUGCCCACAGACUGAGGCACUAUCAGGGAACCACAGCUUCAGCAUGGCCGUCUGUGCCUCCCCUAAGGUCCUCUCCAUCUCUCCCAACCAGGGAACGUACCAUCAGGUCAUCCACAUCAGCGGUAACCACUUCACCGACACUGCCUGUGCCGUUGAGGUGACUGUGGGAGAUGAGCCCUGCCAGGUUAUCAACAGCACUAGCACUGACAUCUUCUGUCAACUGAAUGCAAACUCCGGACUCCCCGUCGCUGUUACGUUUCCUGUGGCUGUUCAUGUCAACAAUCUCGGUUCCGCCAUCAUCGCUAUAGCUAACGCACGCCACCGCGGCUUCGCGCUGCUGCCAGUGAUCAACUCCGUUUCACCUGCUAUCGGUAGCUCCACCGGACACACACGUGUUACUGUUCACGGCUCUGGAUUCUCUGAAGGACUUGUGACACUGGCCAGCGAGCCCUGCAGGGUGGUGAAUGUCACCUACACAGAGAUCAUCUGUGACACUGUUCCUGCACUGCCCAAAACAGGAACUGCCCGAGUUCAAAUAGGAAGGAUUCCAGCCUCUUGUCAUUCCGACUGCUCCUUCACGUUCUCCGCGUCUGUCACCCCCACAAUAUCUGGGAUCUCCCCGAGCAGCAUCACUGAGCCCACCACCACUAUCACCAUCUCAGGCUCCGGGUUUGGAGAAGAGGAGGAUGGUGUGGCUUUGCUCAUCAACUCUGAGGAGCUGGAUGUCCUCACUGUCACUGACAACCAAAUCACUACCCAAGUCACCGACCUCCCUGUAGGACUGCAACAAGUCGUGGUGAUCGUGCGAGUGAAAGGCCUGGCGUCCGGCGACGGUACCAUCAACGUCGUGGCGGAAGCGGAGUUGACGCCGGGGGUGGGCAGCCUGGAGGGCGGGACUCGUCUCACCAUCACAGGAAAUGGUUUUGUCCCUGGCCAAACCGCUGUGACCAUGGAUGGCCAAGCCUGUGAGAUCCAGGACAUCACCCCGAGGAAAGUGAACUGCCGGACCCCGCCGCACACUGAAGGAAGUGUUGAUGUAGACAUUGAGGUCGUCUCCGUGACCUUUCCCUCUCUCACCUUCAACUAUUCUGCCAACUACACCCCAGUGGUCGACUUCAUCUCUCCUGUUAAUGGGACGAUCGGCACCGUCAUCACGCUGUCUGGCUCUGGAUUCGGCAGCGACCCGGGGCAGGUGUCCGUCCUGAUUAACGGCAUGGACUGCAACGUGACCUCGAUCAGCGAUGAGGAGAUAGUGUGCACGGCCGGACAGAACCCUGGAGGCACCUACAAAGUGGUGGUGAACCACCACGACAAAGGCGAUGCUGAUUCUGAGGUGGAGUUCCACUACGAUCUGUCCCUCGGCAGCGUCCAUCCAGACGAAGGCAGUUUUGCUGGCAACGCGUUGGUGUCCAUCCAAGGUUCUGGCUUCGACCCGCUCAACUCAACCGUGAAGGUUUGUGGCGAGGAAUGUGAAGUUUUCAGACAGAUGUCGACGUCAACUCUCAUCUACUGCCGGACUCCUGCGAUCAACGAUUCCUCGUCGGAGCUGCGCUGCGAGGUGACGGUGGACACGCAGCUGGACACCGUGUCCAUACCGAAUGCCUACACCUACAGAGCCGACCUGACUCCAGUCAUCACCGAAGUGUCUCCACGCAGAGGAGGCACGGCCGGAGGCACCACACUCACCAUCAGCGGAUCUGGUUUCAGCACCGAUGUGGAAGACGUCAACGUGACCAUUGCAGGUUCUGUCUGUGACAUCCAGUCCAUCAACACCUCACACAUCAUCUGCGUGACUAACGCCCAGCCCAGGUCUCAGGAGACCCAAGUCGUCGUCAGCAUCAAGGGCCAGGGUGAUGCCAAGCAGGAGAGCGCAGACUUCUUCUACGUGGACGUGUGGUCAUCCAGGUUCACGUGGGGUGGCUUGUCUCCACCUGAGAAAGGCUCAUUCGUGGUCAUCACCAAAGGACAGACCAUCCUGCUUGACGUCAGCACCCCUGUGCUGAAAAUGCUCCUCAUCCAAGGUGGAACGCUGGUGUUUGACGAGAUUGACAUUGAGCUGCAUGCAGAAAACAUUCUGAUCGUGGGUGGGGGACACCUGGUCGUCGGAACUGAGGAGCAGCCCUUCCAGCACCAAGCCACCAUCACACUUCACGGAGCUCUGCGUGCACCAGAGCUUCCCAUCUAUGGUGCCAAGACCCUGGCUGUCCGCGAGGGAACGCUGGACUUGCAUGGGAUGCCUGUUCCCCAAACCUGGACCCGCCUUGCUGCAACAGCCGCAGAGGGUGCGACUACCAUCACCCUGGAGAAGAAGGUCACAUGGAAAGCCGGUGAUAAAAUUGUCAUCGCCACCACUGGCCACAGACACAGUCAAAAAGAGAAUGAGGUCAGGACGAUCGCCAGCGUGUCUGCUAACGGUUUGACUCUCACGCUCACUGAGCCGCUCACCUAUGAGCAUCUUGGAGUGAGUGUGACUUUGCAAGAGGGCACAGUGUUUGAGGCCAAAGCUGAGGUGGGACUGCUCACAAGGAACGUCAAGGUCCAGGGGUCCAUUAAUGACGAGUGGAGCGACAAGAUCGAAGCCUGUGAAGACGGUUUUGACACAGGUGAAUUCGCCACCCAAACUUGUUUCCAAGGGCGGUUUGGUGAGGAAAUAGGAAGCGAUCAAUUCGGCGGCUGCAUCAUGUUCCACGCACCUCGACCCAAUGAGAACUUGGCUGUUGGAAGAAUAGGAUACAUUGAGGUCUACAAUGCCGGCCAGGCAUUCAGGUUGGGUCGCUACCCCAUUCACUGGCAUCUAAUGGGCGACAUUAACUACAAGUCCUACGUGAGGGGAUGUUCCCUCUGGAAGACCUUCAACAGAGCUGUGACCAUCCACAACACUCACCGGCUGCUGGUGGAGUUUAACGUAAUCUACGACAUCAUGGGCGGAGCCUUCUUCAUCGAGGACGGCAUUGAGACGGAGAACAUUCUCCAGUACAACCUUGCGGUGUUUGUUAAACAGAGCACUAGUCUGCUUAAUGAUGAUGUCACUCCUGCGGCCUACUGGGUCACAAACCCCAAUAACAUUAUCCGGCACAACCACGCUGCUGGAGGCACUCACUUUGGUUUCUGGUACCGGAUGCAUUUGCACCCUGACGGCCCGUCUUACACCCCAAAUGUCUGUCAGAAGAAGGUGCCCUUGGGAGAGUUUACCAACAACACAGUGCACUCUCAGGGUUGGUUCGGCAUUUGGAUCUUCCAAGACUUCUUCCCAAUGAAAGGCGGAUCCUGUCGCUCAAGCAUUCCUGAACCAGCUGUCUUCAAUGGUCUCACCACGUGGAACUGUGAGAAAGGCGCCGAGUGGGUCAACGUCGGGGCCGUGCAGUUUCACAACUUCACCAUGGUGAACAACGAGAAGGCGGGCAUUGAGGCCAAGCGCAUCUUUCGGAACUUUGUGUCUGGCUUUGGCGUAGAAGAAGCAGGGGCACUGGUGAAGGACUCCUUAAUCGUGGCUUAUUUGGAUGAGCUCAAACUUGGAGAGGAUUACUGCACUCACAGAGGCGUCAUUGUUCCCUUCGACGAUGGCAUGAGUGUUCUUGACACCCGGUUUGUGAACUUCAACCGAAGAUCCUGCACUGCCCUGGGUGUGACUACCGUCGGUGGGGUGUGUUUAGAACUUUGUGGCGGCUGGGGCUCCAGGUAUAGCGGGAUAGAGUACUUCAACUCCAGCCAGAAGGCAGGCUUCAGGUGGGAGCAUGAGGCCUUUUUUCUGGAUCUGGACGGUUCCCUUACAGGUAAUGUGGACCACAAGGUCGUGCCCUGGAACAACCUCCUGGACCCUGCUCACUGCACCAAAAGUGCUGAGUGGAGUGUGGGCUUCCCUGGCGCCAUCUGUGACCACACCGUGGAUUUCAGUCGUUUUGCCUUCAACAAUCCCACACCCUCUUCUCUGGAGGGCCAGAACGCCAUCAUGUACAAUGAAUUUGGGUUUUCUAGUGUCCCAUUUAUGAAGAAGAGACUGACGCACAAGUUGGGCUGGAUGGUGCUGUUGCCCAUGGGCCAGACGACCGGGAUGUAUUUUGAAAACGGCGGGCAGAUCACCAACAUCAGCUACUCCGGAAAAUUCUACGGCUUCAAGUCGAACCAGGGCUUGAUCAUCAACCACAAUUUCACCCAGAGUCCAGACCGCUUCCAAAUCGUCGACAAAAGGGACGGGUCGCCCUCCCCGCUCACCUUCAACAACAACAGCAACGGGGACUGGUACUUCGACUCGGACACCAACAACCUUUAUUAUAUGAUCUCUGGCCGAAACAGCAUGCGGCGGCGGCGUGCGAGCGUGGACCGCUCCAUGAGCGACGUGGCUGUAAACUUCAAGGUGUUCCGAUGUUUCUUCCUGGACUGCGUGGCGCCCACACCCCCGCCACCCGCCACGCUGGCCCCCGUACCCACACGCCGCCCUCUGGACUUCGUUCUCUGGUCAGAUGAGGACUUCUGGAAGGGCUCGGCUGCUAACAACUUCCAAGUGCCAACAGAGGAUUCCGAUGUGGUCAUCCCAUCAGGUGAGUGGGUGGUCUUGGACUCCAGCACUCCUGCUCUCAACAAACUGACCAUCAUCGGAGUCCUGGAGAUCCCAUACACGCUGGACUUCUCGAGCAGCAGAGUGGCUCGCUCCACUCCGGAGUACACCAACUUCACCAUCGAAGCCACCUACAUCUCCAUCCAGGGCGGCAGGAUGAUCGCAGGAUGGGACGACGACUGGUUCCAAGGUAGCUUAAAGAUCAUCCUGAGAGGAGAACACAACACUCCUGACUGGCCGCUCCCCAACGGGCCCAACCAAGGAUCCAAAGUUCUGGGAGUGUUUGGUCAACUGCAGCUCUACGGUCCACCGCAGUCAGUCUACCGCACCAAACUGAGCUGGACUGCAGAGGCCGGCUCCAGAACACUGAACCUGGUGGACUCUGUCCCCUGGCAGGUUGGAGACGAACUGGCCAUCUCCAGCACCAGCUACAACGUCAAGGAGACUGAAACACGCACCAUCACUGAGGUGUCAGCGGACGGACUCACUCUGACGCUGGACCAACCCCUGGACUACACUCACAUCGGUGAGAACCACACGGUCGAGGACACUGGCAUCACCUACACUCUGGCUGCUGAUGUUGGUCACCUGACCAGGAAAAUCCAGAUCAUUGGUCAGGAUUAUCCAGAAAUGAUGGCGCAGUCCUUUGGAGCCAGGCUGCUGGUGGGAACUUUCUCGAGGGCCGGGAUCGACUACAAGGGUGAAGCCAUCAUCAGGAACGUGGAGUUCUACCACUCUGGUCAGGAGGGAUGGAGCGACGACUCAGAUCCCCGCUACUCUGUGGCCUUCAUGAACCUGGGAUCGGUCACGGAGGACAGUUCCAUCCUUCAGGGCUGCAGCUUCCACCACGGCUUCUCUCCGGCCGUCGGAGUGUUUGAUACCCACAACAUCAAGAUCGACGACAACGUGGUUCACCACACAGUCGGGGAAGGUAUCAGAAUCUGGGGCGACCACGUGAAAGUGAGGCGGAACCUGGUGAUGCUCACGCUGUGGCCCGGAUCCUACCAAAACAGAAGGGAGCGCUUCAACUUUGAAUGGAACGCUGCGAUUGAGGCCACCAAGGGCAAACAUGUUGUCCUGCAGCACAACACCGUGGCUGCUUACGAGAGAGUGGGCUAUCGCUUCAACGGAGAGCCAUGUCCAGGUUACCAGAACAACGCCGAGAUGUGGAUGAAAAACGAGGCCCACAGCGGUUUGUAUGGCGUCUACAUGAACGCGGAUGGUAUGGAUAGCUGCAGCCACAUCCGGGACUUCAUCAUCUGGAGAAGCUAUGACUUCGGCAUCUACUUCCAGACACAGAUGAACAUCAUCAUCUCUGACGUGACUCUGGUGGACAACGGGAUGGGCAUCUUCUCCAUCAUCUACAAACCCCCCUCCCUCCUUCAUCAGUACGCCGACAAGUCUGUGGAGAUUCACGGGGCCUUGAUCGUCGGCAGCAGCCCGAACUUCAACUGCUCGCUCACCGCGCCCUCUGGUGAUUACAACAUAAUAAACAGCGACGACCACCGUGCCCCAAGACCACCUCGAGGAGGGAAAUCUGGAAUCUGCUGGCCGACCUUCGCCUCAAAUCACAACAGAGCUCCUGAGAUGGCAAUGAGCGGUCUGAUGAACUACCCUGCUAUCAAAGGAGUGAUGGUGGUGAACGACACGAUCUUCGUCGGCUUCAAAAACGUUUGCUCCAGUGAGAUGGACUUCAUGUUCAUGGCCAAUCCUAGCAACGACGACUUCCAGCACCCGGUGCAGGUGUCGAAAAUGCAGGUCUACGACAGCAUGGAGGAGGCCAAGCUCUUGGUUCAGAGGGCUGACAUCGGAAAAAUAAACCCCUCUGACUGUGUGGACAUGGAGUGCGAUGCCAAGAAGAAGGCUUUGCUGAAAGAUCUGGACGGGUCCUUCCUGGGCGAGGUGGGUGACGUGGUGCCCGAGUCGGAAUACGCGUGGGGCGGGGAUCCCAGAAGAGGCUUAGGUGACUACCGUAUCCCCGCCAUGAUGUUGACGAACCCAGACGGAAGCCGAAUCCCUGUGGAGCAGAUCGCCCCCAACAAAGGUAUACUCAGAGAAGACUGCACCUACAUGCCCACCUGGCAGAGCUACAAGUGCGUGGGCCUGAGCUACCGCAUACUCCUGAUCGAGAGCCUCGACAGUGACACGGAGACGCGCCGCCUGUCUCCAGUCGCUGUCCUCUCCGGCGGCUUUGUUGAUCUCAUUAACGGGCCUCAGGAUCACGGCUGGUGCGCAGGCUACACGUGUCAGCUGAGACUCUCCACCUUUCAAAGCAUGGUGGCCUCCGGUCGGGAGUUCUCCGUCUUCUUCACCUCCGUCAGCCCUCAGAAGAUUCGUCUGAUGAUGCUGAACGCCGCUCCAUCUGAGAGCGUGGUGGUGUCAGUCUUCAUGUCCACCACGCAGCGGUUGGUUGUUUACGUGGACAACCAGCUGGUUCCACCGACUAAUGCGCUGUGGAACGAAGACAACACUGACUACACUCUGGCAGAGGGACUUCAAGCUCUGUACCACCCGCAGAUGAACGCCAGCAGCGGCACCAACUACUACAACGCUGAAUACGGGAUGCUGAGCAUCCUGGUGCGGGGCUCCGAACCGGUGGAGAUCAAGACCCUUCCACAGCUGAUCAUCGCCUUCGACAUGCCGCCCAUGAGUGAAGAUGAGUUCUUUGGAGAUGAGCUGGUCAACAAUUUGGCCACAUUCCUGAAUGUUCCCGCCAACAUGUUCCGCAUCACCAACAUCAUCCGGGAGGACUCGCGACGCCGCAGGAGGAGAGCGGCAACGAUGACGGUGGAGGUGGAGAUCAAGAAACCUCUGGUGCAGACCACCAGCAACAGCACGGACGAUGAGGAGGCCUUUAAAGAGCUGAAGAGCAUCGGCGACAGCUUGGGUCAGGCCGCGCUGAACGACGAGCUCAGUCAGUCCAUCGGCUUCAACGUUUCCUCCAUGGGGAUGAUCCCGCCUCCAUCGCCGCCUUCUGACCCGGACUGGCAGAAGGAAACCGAAGAGGAGCCGACCAGGGAGGAGAAAGUCAUCCAGCGUCUGGCCCCCGUGGCCGCGCUGAUGAUGAUGCAAGAGCCGGCCGGAGAGUACGUGGGGGUCCUGGUCCAGCAGCCCAGUGUGAUGGCUGUGGAUAGCGAGGGCAACUGCGUGGCAGUGGGAGUGACUCAGCUCACGGUCACAGCCACCUUAAGUGACUCCAGUGGACAAAGUCUGGACACACUGGAUGGAAACGACACCAUCCUGUUCCGCGGCUGCUGGGCCAACUACACCAACCUGGCUGUGGUGGAGGGCGGUGAGAACAUGACCAUGACCUUCACUCUCAACAAAUGGAGCACCGUCUCGCGGGCCUUCAACGCAAAGAACCUUCCUACCACCACCCUGCGGCCGACUGCUGGUCACACCAGCGGCCGACCGACCACUGACAGCAAAGAGACCACCGAGGGUGGAGACACCGCCAGCCCUCAGCUCACCACCAGCCCUCAGCUCACCACCAACAACGUUGCCGUCACCGACGACAACAGCGUCUUCGCGACGGGCACCACGGUGGUGCCAGGAAGCUUGUGUCUGGUCAGCGUCAUCUAUAGCGUGGCCUGCUGCUCUGAGGCAAUACCCAUCUGCUAAAAAUCAUCUGCGAAUCAAUGAAGAAUACGCAAAUGUUUCUCAUCAUUUACAAAGAACAGGGUGACUAUAAGCUACUGCAAUGCCUUCAUACCCCUCUGUAAACAAUCUGCUGUCUUUGAUUACUUUGAUCCAGAUUAAAUAAUUUUUAAAAGUUA